AUGGAGAAACCAGUAUUAGAAGUAUGCGCUAAUUCUUCCGAGGCCUCGAGCAUCAUCUCGGCCGCCUCGGACAAGAAGAAUACUAUGAAGAUGAAGGAGAUCAACGUCGCCGGCGAAUCCAAACAACAACAAAAGUCAGAGGUGGUGGCGGAGGAGGCAGAAGCCAAUGUUGAACUUGCACUUUUCAAGGCUAAUCCGCCGGAGGAGGAGGCCUCGGAGGAGUUAAAUGGCGCGCGUGGUCAACAGAAGAAAGAAAAAGAAGAUACUAGGGUUUUCAAGUGCAACUUCUGCAACAGAAACUUCUCUACUUCCCAAGCCUUGGGAGGCCACCAAAACGCUCACAAACCGGAACGCCAGCUUGCAAAACGGCGUAGCCAAGGAUUGGAUGUGGGUGGUGGAUUUGGAUUGGGGCAGUCAUACUAUCCUUACAAUUUCAGUCCAUAUUCUUCAUCUACUCUUUCUCCACACUACUCACUUUAUGGAUCUAGGUCGACGUCUCUUGGUGUUAGGCUAGAUUCCAUGAUUCAUAAGCCUUCUUAUACCCCGUGGUACGACCGCCUAGGUGGCGGUGCAGGGUGGUCGAGGCCAGCUUCCUCAAGCCUCCUGCAGAACCACCCUAUUAAUGAUCAUAGGCUCAGCUUCCAGGGUGCUCAGAAUAACAUCAACACCAACGAAUUAGGGCUUGGUGUACGAACAUUUAAUGCUUCAUCAAGAUUGGAGGAGAGUAGUACUAGUACUCGUGCUGUUCGCAACUUCGGUGGUACUUGGAAUCUUAACGCAAUCAACAACAACAACAACAAAAAGCCACCACUGCCACCAUUCAGUGGUAGUACUGAUCUUCUGUCUCGAGUAGAGCGGCCCCGAAAGAAUGACCAGGAUGGUGACGAUGACAUCGAUUUGACGCUUAAGCUUUGA